AUGGUUCUCAUUGGUUGCAGAUACCUGCAGCUGAAGCCCCAGGUCCACAAACCCUGGCUCAACAUCAGCAGUCUGGUGGCCCUGUCCCUGGCCUGCUUCAGCAUGACACUGGUGGGGAACUUCCAGUUGUCAAAUGACGAGGAGCUCCACAACAUUUGCACGUACAUGACGUUUGGCUUGGGAACGUUGUUCUGCUGGGUUCAAUCUGUCAUCACCCUGAAAGUCAACCUUAGGAACGAGGGUCGGAGGGCAGGCAUCCCUCGCUUUCUGCUGUCUGGGGCCCUCACCGCCUGCAUGCUUUUUUACAUUGCCCUGAUUGUGCAGCGCCUUCCCAUCCAUGCGGCGCGAGCGCAGUGGGCGCUGGUCAUGUUCUUUCUGAGCUUCCUCGCAACCGUCGCCAUCGAGUUCAGACACAGCCACUUUGAGAUCGUCUGCACCGACAACCGCGACCCGCCUCUCAGCCUGUCAGAAACCUUCUCAGAGGUGUCCGAGUACCAGUCGGACCAGCUACAGAGCUUUGGAGUACUACAAAAAACAGUUAAGUUGCCUGUGGUGUGUCAGUUUGGGGGGGGGGUGUACAAAUGA